GUAUUUUAUCCUUCUACAAGGCGGUCCUAAAUCUGCGAAUACCAUCAUCCCCUGCGUGGAUCUGCCUCGAGGGGUACGCUCCGGCUAUAGCUCUGUAGGCAGCCAGCUUCGUCAAAGUUUGCUUCACACAACUUGCAACUACACACGGUCAACAUGUCCAGUCCGCCGUUCAAAGUCAAGUCGGUUUUCGAAUACACUUCUCCUCACGAUGACGAUUUGCAUUUUCCGAACGGUCAAAUAAUUACGGUCACAGAGGAAGAAGAUGAUGAUUGGUAUUCGGGAAAUUAUGUGGAUGCCUCCGGAGUGAUGCAGGAGGGCAUAUUUCCCAAGAAUUUCGUGGAGAAGUACGAGCCCACGGCUCCUCCAAGGCCACAGCGCACCAAUCGUCCAAAGAAAGAGGCAGAGCAAGCACCCGAACCUGCCCCAGAGCCUGCAUACGUCCCGGAACCAGUUCAUGAACCAGAACCUGAGCCAGAGGAAGCUUAUGAGGCUCCAGCUGCGAGAGCGCCUCCGCCAUCGAUCCCCGAGCCUCAAAAAGUGACUUCUGCGCCUCCGCCCAAGCCGGCAGAACCUUCACCACCACCCGCUGCAAAGCCGGUCUCAAAACCAGCUCCUCCUGUUAAUGAUAAGCCUAGUGGAAAUUCGUUCAAGGACCGCAUUGCUGCUUUCAACAAAGCAGCUCCGCCACCAGCGCCUUUCAAACCCGGAGGAUUGGGCUCUGGAUUAAACACAUUCAUCAAGAAACCAUUUGUAGCCCCGCCUCCGAGCAAGAAUGCAUAUGUACCUCCUCCAACUCGAGAAGUGCAGCCGCAGAAGAUAUACAGGAGAGAAGAGGAUCCGGAGAUAGCUGCUAGUCAAGCCGAGACACAUGAACAAGCAGAGAGAGCGGGGUUGGUCCCAACUGGAAAUGAGGGCGAUGAGGAAGAUCAGCCGAAGCCUACGAGCUUGAAAGACCGAAUUGCUCUCUUGCAGAAACAGCAGAUGGAACAAGCAGCUCGUCAUGCAGAAGCGGCUCAGAAAAAAGAGAAGCCCAAGAAACCUGUUAAGAAGCGGACGGACUCCCACGGACAUCCAGAAGGGGAAGAGGAUGGAGCUGCUCUUGAGAGAAAGGAAACUGGUGAAAGUAAGCCUUCCAUGGACUCUGUCCGAGAGGUUCCGAGAAGGCGUAAAUCUUCUAGAGGUGCUGCAGAUAUCCCACCUAGGAAGUCUUUUGGAGAUGGUAAUGAAGCGGAUAUGUCAGGCGCUGGAGAUACAACGGAAGAGCCAGAGGAUACUGGAAGGGAUGAAAGUGAUGAGAAACCGAGAACUAGACCUCCGCCUCCUACACUUGCUCGUGCCCCUACAGCACCAAUUCGUGAGCCUGAAGUUGGUGAGGAAGAAGGUGCCACUGAAGAAGAAGCGCCCCAAGGAGAAAAUGAGCAGGAGGAAGAAGAGGAGGAGGAGGAAGAGGAAGAGGACGUUGACCCUGAACUGCGAAGGAAAGAGGAAUUAAGAGCUCGCAUGGCCAAAAUGAGUGGCGGCAUGGGCAUGCAUGGAAUGUUUGGUGCUAUGCCCAUGCCAGCCCCAAUGGCGCCUCCUAAGAAGAAGAAAUCAACCGACAAACGGGCAGAAGAAGAGGUAGCAUCGCCUACUUCACGCGCUCCGCCUGUUCCUAUGAUUCCUCUACCUGGAUUGUCGAGAGUGCGUAGUCCCGAGGAAACCAACAGACAACUUGGCCAUGAGGACGAAUCUUCUCCAAUCUCAAGUAGACCCGCUGAUGAUUUACCUGACGUCGAGGACGUGGUGCCGUCUCAGGAACGCCCAGCAGUUCCUUCACAUGAGAGUGGUGCUCCUCCAAUCCCUGCAGGAAGACCAGCACCGCCUCCUGUACCAAUUGCGUCACGGCCCUCUGCUCCUGCUCCGAUGUCUCCAAGCGCUGGAUAUGAAUCGGAUGACGAGCUACAACCUUCUAGGGCUCAAACCAUGAAUCUGGCAAGUCCAACAGGGGAAGCUCCUCGACCACCUCCAAGAAGUUCAACAGAUGGUCCAGGAUCACCAAAAUCUCCUAAUACGAAACGUGCUUCUUACUUCUCAUCUGAACAAGCAUCACCAUCUUCGCCUACAACACCGGGAUUAAACAAGCGGAAUAGUAGACUCCCACCUCCUAUUCCAGGUGCAGUUCCACCUGGUCAAAAUAGGGCUCCUCCACCACCUCCCCCCGCUGCAGCUCCUCUGAGUAGAUCCACCACGGGUGAACGUAUUCCUGAGCAAUCGCCAAGACAGCCGCCUCCAGAACCCGAGGACGAGGAGGUCACGGAAUACGAGGGAGACUACGAUACUGACAUCGCCUCGGCGGUACCUCACAAAGAUGCUUUAAAGUCACAUGCAAGAGACUCAAGCCUCGACGAUAGCACACCCGUCCGCUCACCUGUUUUAUCUCCACCUCCUCUUCCUUCAGCUGCAGCUCCCAGGGCUGUACCCCCACCUCCACCCUCACAACCUCCACCCCGGCAGUCAGCAGAUAUGCCCAGAGCUGCACCUCCACCUCCUCCGCCGGGCAAGAUGCCUGCACCUUGGGAACAGGAUGAUGAUGACUAUGAUCCUUACAAGUAUACUGGACAAACUGCUCCAAAGCUUCCGACUAUCCCUACUAUGACUGGUGGUCUGAACUUUAACGACAAUGAAAAGGGCGAGGAAGAAGAUAUCUAUGGAACAUCACCACCAAGGACGUACGCCUCACCUCCGCAAGAUAGAGCAGCUCCUCCACCUCCUCCACGCGAUGAUGUUCCGCCAUCAAGCAACAGACAAGCACCUCGUAAAUCUCUUGAUGUUCACCGCUCAGCUACGACAGCGAGACGUUCUAUGGAGCUUGGCAGAAUGUCAAUGGACUCGGGUUAUGUCGCGAACGAUGUAGAUCUUGCUCCACGAUCUUUCUGGUGGACGCAACCGAGAGGUCUCCCUCCUAUCUUUCAAGGUCGAAGAGAUAUUUUGCUCGAAUUUGAAGAAUCAACUCAACUCAAACGUGGUAAAUCGGUAGUGGUAAAGGAGCUCUACGUCCUAUUCCAAGACUACUCGCAAACAAUCAUCACCGCCACGUUCGCCGCCGACGACCCAGCAGACAUCAAGCUCGAACAACGCCACGAACAACCACCGGCUCGCUCUCGCCAAGACCAGCUCGAGCAAGCACACGAGCAAUUCGGCCGCCGCAUCUCCGAGGCCGUCCACUCCCGCAAGGAAACCGUAGUCGGAGACGGCACACCCCAAGGCCUCAUCCAAGAACUGCUCAAACCGCUCUCCUCCGCCCUCCUUCCAGUCGGGACCCGCGCUUACGGCGCAAUCAUCUACUCGAACCUCGCCAACGCCUCAACGCAACAGAACGACGAGAUUCGUCCCGGUGAUAUCAUCACCCUUCGUAACACCAAGUUCCAGGGUAAACACGGACCGAUGCACCAAAAGUACAGCAUGGAGGUCGGGAAACCGGACCACGUGGGGAUCGUGGCAGAGUGGGACGGCACGAAGAAGAAGGUCCGGGCGUGGGAGCAGGGGAGGGAGAGUAAGAAGGUGAAGAUGGAGAGUUUCAAGGGGAUGAGGGUAGUAGCAUAGCAUUGUGUUGUUGUAGUACGUUCAAUUACGUUUUUUCUCUCUCAGCUUUGAUGUAUCGGUGAUAACACAUUUACUUGCUCCUCUCGAGACGGCAACCUUUUCCCGUUGAGAGGACGAUAGACAGACAGACAGACAGACAGACAGACCGCAAGCCUUUCUUUCUUUCUUUACCCAUCCACACUACCUACCCACACGCACUAUAUCAGAAUUCCCCGUCGAACCUACCUACCUACCUACCUACCUAACGAGCAAGCCAGCAAGCAAGCAGCCUAUCAUCCAUCCAUCCAUCCAUCCAGCUCCUCGCCUCGCCUCGCCUCGCCCGUGCAAAAGUAGCCAGCAAGCCAGCAAGCCAG